AUGUUCGCGGCUCUUUCAGCAGUCGCUGCGAUUUUGGCGGCAUGGGGAGUUGAGGGACAAAGUCAGACGGCAGACUCCAAUGGGUGUCUUCGACUGCUAGGGAGUGUAGCGUGUCCAGGCUUCCAAUACGCCUACAUCAACCCAUCCAACCUAUCCAAUGCCUGGCCUUGGCUCGCGGGUGUCACGACCGUCGCUCAAUUCGAUGUCGCGGCGCUCAACUACUUCGUCGACCCAGAUCAAUGGCAGCAGACCAAAUUUGUCAAUCAGCUGGGGUGUACGAAUGCGACGGGGCGGGUCAUCCAGUAUGAGCGGUCAAGACUGUGCAGUAAUUGGGUGAACAGUGUAUGGGGACGGGCAUGUACGGCCAACUACAACGGAACAUCAGCAGCUACAUCCCAGAAGAUGCUCUGCCAGUCCACCUGCCUCCAAUACGCAGCUUCCGCCCGGAAUCUCGUCAACUCCACUGCAUGCCCUGGACCCGAUACAACCAACGGCGGACGGGAAGCGGCGCUGCUCAAGGACUAUGUCGAUUGUACCGACUGGUUCACCCUAACUACCAACAAUACCCAAACCUGCGUCUCUGGGCAGGACAACGAGGGGAACUGCGGGUUCGGCUCGAACACCGCCGAACUCUGCAACUUCUGUCGAGGAAACAACGUCGACAGCUGUUGCUACAGAUCGAACACUGAUGUCUCGGUGUGCGGCUACGUCCUCCCAGUCCAGCCUUCGUCGACCUCAUCCAGCGCGUCUUCGACGGGAAGUUCGUCCGCUUCCAGCUCAGCGACAGCUGCGAUGAGCGAUGCUGGAAGCAGUUCGACCCUUACUGGGGGCCGGUUGGCAGGUGCUAUCGUCGGCGGUGUCCUAGGAGGUCUCUUGCUUCUCGCCUUACUGGCUCUCCUCCUUCUCUGCCUUCGCCGACGUCGUCGAAACGCCGCGAAUCGCCACUCUACCUCAUCCUCCUUCGCGCCCGCCGCUGCCGGCACACCCGGAGGGCUCUCUUCCCUGUUCUCCGCCAACUCCCCUCAGCCCAACGCAUCCGAAAAAGGUCUCAUCGGCAACUCACGCACCGCCGGCAUGUCCAGUCCAACCAUGGGGGGCGAUACCGUAUACUCCGGACACAACAAAUCGGCCCUCUCAAGCGGUCUCCUGGGCGGCGCAGGGAACCGAGCCAGCGCAGGCACAAUCCCGGGCAUGCUAUCUGCUCUUUCCCUCGGCGGCGCUGGGGCAGGACUCGGAGCGGCUGCUGGAUCCGGCGCAGCCGGAUCAGCACUCAGCGGUCCGGGCGUCCGAACGUCCGGUAUCGUCCUUCCGCGCGUACGGGACGAGAACCAAACAGCACCAGACAAGUGGAUCGAGACGGGCGCAGAGGUCUCGGUCCUCUGGCCAUAUCAGGCGACACUGCCGGACGAGCUGGAUCUGCGGCCGGGGAUGAAGUUGAAGGUGCUAAGAUUGUAUGAUGAUGCGUGGGGAACAGGUGUGAUCGUAGGUGGGGAAGACGAUGGCAAGCAGGGGGCGUUCCCAGUGGUGUGUGUCUCGGAAGGUUCAACUCUAGGCUCUUCCGGCGCAAGCAGCACAGUGUCACACUAG